AUGAGAAAACUGAUCACAUUAUCUCAAAGACACCUUACUCAUGUGUGUAGUUUGAAACCAUUUAAAGAUACAAAAUGGUUAAUGCCGAAUGGAAAUCCUAUAGGAGCGUAUGUAUACAAUUGUGUUGCUGAACAAAGAGUUCCUAUAAUAUUAAAUGAUCCGACGAUCGCUACAUGGUACUCCUGUGGACCCACUGUAUAUGAUUCAGCGCAUAUUGGACAUGCAUCCUGUUACGUAAAGUUAGACAUUAUUCAGAGAAUAUUAAAAUCAUUUUUCAAUAUCAAACUGGUUACGGCUAUGGGAAUUACUGAUAUCGAUGAUAAAAUAAUUAAAAAAAGUCAGGAGACUAAAACGGAUUUUCGGACUGCAGCUAAGAAAUAUGAACAUGAAUUUUGGUUUGAUAUGUUGAGUUUGAAUGUUGAAAAGCCAAUGAUCAUAACGAGGGUGUCUGAACAUAUAGAUACUAUAGGACAAUUCGUUCAUAGCCUAAUAGAAUCCGGCAUGGCAUACGCAGGCGAGGAUGGUUCAAUCUAUUUUGAUACCUCUAAAUUUCCAGCUUAUGGAAAGUUACAAAAGGUUCAAGAUAUAGGAGAACCAAGUAAUGAAGCCAAGAGGAAUAAAAUGGAUUUUGCUCUCUGGAAAGGCUAUAAGACCGGUGAACCAUCAUGGCCUAUGAAAUUUGGUGACGGCAGACCAGGCUGGCACAUUGAAUGCUCGGCCAUGGUCAGUAAAGUAUUUGGGACCCAAUUAGAUUUCCAUGCAGGUGGAAUUGACUUGAGAUUCCCACAUCAUGAGAACGAAGAAGCUCAAUCUUGUGCCUUCCACAACACAAGACAAUGGGCAAACUAUUGGCUACAUGUCGGCCAUCUUAAUUUAAAGGAAACAAAAAUGUCCAAAUCACUUAAGAACACAAUUUUAAUACCAGAUAUAGUAGAUAAGUACAGUGCGGAUGCAUUUAGAAUGGCAUGUCUUAUGUCUAAUUACAGAUAUCCAAUGGAAUAUAGUGAUGGCAUAAUGGAAACCGCAUCUGAAAUUUUAAAUAAAUUUAAAUUCUUUUUGAAAGACGUAGAAGGUUAUGCAAAUAAUAAUUCCGUUAGAUCUGGGGAUUACAAUGAUAAGCUAUUAGAAGAAUUACAGAAAGUUGAAGAGAAUAAUAUGGAAGCUCUAAGAAAUGAUUUUGAUACAGCAUCAUGCAUUAAUUCAUUAAUUAAUCUAAUAUCUUUAGUGAAUAAGAUUAUUAAAUCGGAUACUGGAGAUUACACUCCAGUGCCGGUUAUUCUUAUAGCCGAGUACAUUGUCCUAAUUUUGAAAAGAUUCGGUUUGAAAUUAACAGAUGAGAAAAGCGAUGUAUCUAGUACCUUAAUAGAUACAUUGGUAGAAUUCAGACAUACAGUAAGAAGGAAGGCUUUGAGCGAUAAAGAUAAAACUCUUUUGAAUGCUUGUGACGUAGUUCGUGAUAAGUUGAAGACAAUGAAAGUACAAAUAAAUGACAGCAAAGAAACUUCUUCAUGGGUUGUUAAAUAA